UUCACAUUAUGCUACUUUUGUAUAUUUUUCACAGAUUGAGCUUGCUGACAAACAAGCAGCUGUGGAAAAAUUAGAAUGGGAAUCAACAACUUCCAGCAAAAAGGUGGAGAAGCUCCAGGAAGAUCUAGAAAUGGCAGAAGGACAGGUUUCAUCUAUGAUGGUAUUGAUUCAAGGCUUGGCCAGGACUUGUUCUGCCCUUUCGGUUGAAGACUAUGUUGAUGUGCCUCACCCUCUUGACCAUGAUCAUGGUUUAGAUGAUUUAAAUGAAAUCGGAAGGCAAAAACUGGAGGCAGCAAGGGAAGCUUAUAUUAUUGCUGUUGCUGCUGUAAAGGAAAAGCAAGACGAAGAUUCUAUUGCUGCGGCUGCCAAUGCUAGACUACAUCUACAAUCACUUGUUUUGAAACAAACUUAAGCACCAGAGGCUUUGUUACAUUAAU